AUGUCCUCAACACUACUCAAAGAGUUCCAAGUGGCAACCAUCAUCAACAAGCUCACCUAUAUCCAGACGCUCACGAAUCCGGUCCACACGGGCGAGGACGGCUCCAACUGCUUCUUCAUGAAUGUGGUGCGACUCGCGGACCCCGAGCAAGUAUUCGAGAGCAUGGACCGUCUGUUCGUCGCGCGGCUCUUCCAGCUUGGGAUCUCGCUCGGAGCUGUGAUCAAAACGUCGCCGAACUUUGCGCAGACGAAUGCAAACUACGACCGUGAGGACAAGAUCGACUUCUACCUCGCGACCCACAAGAAGUUUCCGAAAAUCACCCUGGCAUACCUCGACAACAUCAACAAGUUAUUUGAGGAGUACGAAAUUGGGUAUUUGGGCGAUAAACCUAAGGGCGACGAGGAUAUCCAAUCAAUGUUCAGCCGCGCCACGGCGGGGUCCGGGUCGCUGACCAAAAUCGGAAGCGGGCAGAUAUUGACGGAUAAGUAUGCGAUUAAGAAGCUCGACUCGGGUAAUAAUGCGGCGACGAUCAGCAACCUCGACACACGCAUGGUGAUGCACGUGUUUUUGGAAACCAUGCUUGACUUUUUGCGCAACUUGGAGCUCAAGCGACAGGCGAAGCUUGCGCUCGGCGGGCCGCGCGCAGGUCUUGGGCAGAAGAACUGGAACACGUUGACAAGCUUGCAGUCGACCGUGCAGGAGGAUGAGGAGGAGUUUUUGAUCAUUGAGAUACUUAACCGGAUAAACUACGGGAUUGUUCUGCCGAUCAUUGUUCAUUUUACGGAGCACACCGUGGAGAAGGUGGCGUACAGGGAAAUGGCCAUGCUCGAUGCGAUGUUCACUAAGAAGUGA